CCUUAUCAAGAGCAUCUCAAUUGUACUGCCAUAGUUUUCAAUACAAACAGUCUCCUUUAUCUUAUGCCAGGUCCAUCGGAGCCACCAUAGCUUUUUCACCUUUUAUCAUACCAUUACACUUUCUACUGACCAUCCUCCAAACAGGCAUCGCCUUUUGUUUACACCUUUAUCUCUGCAUCUCAGAGGCCAGCUGGAAACAAGCCCCACACCUAUAUAAAAAAACGCCCUAAUCAAACACCCUGUAUUUUUCCUCACUACUUUACAUCGGUCAUUGAGAGCAUAACACUUCGUUCACCAGCAAGGACAACAACCCUAAGAGCGUUCUUUUUAACAUGGACAGCAUAUAUGCCUGAUUUUUAGGAACUUGGUACACUGGGACACCCCACGCGGCACUUACACAAGGAUCACAAAGCUAUAUAGGGCAAACAACACCUCUAACUAAGGAGUGCAGGAUGACGUCGGCAUCAACCAUGACGAACAGCCAGAACAUCGCCCAAGCCACAGAAGCUCUAGAGCGAGACAUGCAAGCGUGGGACCUCUCAGACUCCCCACCGCCUGCGCUGCUAAUCCAGACCCCACCACAUCCUCCCCCCUCUCCUCAGCUGCUGCAGGAUCCUACAGGAUCGGGUCUGUGUGAGGAAACCAUUAUCGACAUCAAGCUUGCAACCCAUCACCUGGUGAUGUUGGCAUUAAACGCCUUUCUACAGGAAACAUGCGGGUGUCGAACAGCUCAACCCAGUCAGGUGCAACACAGUUGUUUGCUCGAACUGCCCGAGUAUUACUUUGACACCUACUACGACGAUGUGAUGCUGAGGCUCAAGACAUUCCGAUUCAUCCCUGCCAUUCGCCUGUUUGUACGCUCGUACACAGUCGAUGGGACUAAAACACAAUUCAGCAGAAUUGCAGAACACACCAUGACUGAACUGAGAUCAUCACAACAUAUAGUAUGCGCAAUUAACGACAAUAUUGCACAGCUGCUAGAAGCAAGUCGUUAUGCCCGUCGUGUUAAACCAGCCAUGCUUCGCAUGAUUGGUAACUACUGGGCUGGGAGACACCUGGUUUAAUGUAUGUUGUUCAGUAUUCAUUGUCUGUGUGAAUGAAAUAAAAAGACAUGUCAACACCGA